CUCGAGAUACAAUGUUUGCCCAAAGCGGCAAACAGAAGGUAUCGAUGCUGGAGGUUAUCGCCGGGACGUCGAGAUGAAAGUAUCGAUACGUCGCGCGGAGUCGCGACGUCGUUGGCAUUCUGACAGAAGCGGAACGUCUGCCGUGCGGAGCGGUGCGGGAUGCGAAUCGCCGUCGGCACGGGACCAGCGGAUUCGUGAUUCUCUGCACGGCGCGGCCGUGACGGUCAUCUGAUCGCGUCCCAUCGAUACGAUCGGCGGCGGAUCAAGCCGCUCCUUGUGAACCGCCACGCCGGGAACGUCCCCGUGGAAGCAGCGAUCCAGCUAUCAUGCCCUUCGGUGAAUCGUAGAGGGACCGUGCGAGAACCGUCUUUGCCACGAGUUCUUGGGAGAGCGAUCAACACGGGAAGGGCGAUUGUCUCGUGAUAAACGGUGAGAUAAUGAGAGAUAACGAUUCAACGAAAAUUUAAGCGGUGGGCGGCACGCGAGUGCGAGCGAUAUACGACUGGUAUGAAUCAUUUUAACGUUGACUCACGUCCUUGGGAAGAUUUCUAGAGAUUGCGAAGACAUGGGUCCGAUCAGGAUUACCACAGCGGAUAGUCUCGACUAUCGCUACAUACCCAUCACGAAGUCUAACGUGAGUCUAGGCAUUAAAGCUAGUCACGAUGCAAGGAUUGCCUUACGAACGCAUCUCGGUGGUGACUCCAACGUGUACGAGGUAUAUGUUGAAUAUUAUUAUUGGAGGAUGGGGAAAUACCAUGUCAGCGAUAAAAAGGAACAACGUAGAGCCGGAUGUGGCAGAAGCAGACACCAAGGACAUUUUGAAUCCUGAUGAGAUGUGUGAUAUUUUUAUUCAGUGGUCUUGCGAUGGAUUGUUAAGUGUUAGCCGCGAUGACGAGUUUGUCAUACCGUUCAUGUCUUACAAGGACAGGAGCCCGUUUGUUAUAAAUUAUAUAGGAGUUAGUACUGCUUGGGGUGCAACCGGAGAAUGGAUAAUCGAAGAAUGCCAGUUCACGUCUCCAGCCAUCAGGCAGCAGCUGAUAGACACUUGCCACUUCUGGGUAGACUUCAACGAAGCGUUCGGACUACCACGGAACGCAGUAAUGGCGUCGGAGGACGGGCUGUACGUCGGCCGGGCGCAUCAUCAGGGCACCGUGACACCGGGUGGUAUCCGCGAUAACGUCUGCACCCUCGCGUGGGGCGGCAACUCGCACGAAAAGCGGGAUUUCCAGGUGCUCUGUGGCAAAGACGUGAGCUGGGUGAAGUCCUGGGAGGGCAGCGUGCCCCUGCAUGCCCUGCCUGCCGGCGAGACCGAGGAUGGCUAUGCCCUUUUUAUCGGUAGGGUGCUGCACGAGGGCAUCUACCAUAUCGGCAAGAUACAACCGAAUCACCAGGUGUGCUAUGUACCGCUGAACGGCCAGGAAAUGCCCUACUUGGAGUACGAGGCCUUGGUCAUACACGACAACUACGGAGUCGAGUGUAUCGGGAGGUAAAGCGACACAGACAGCUCAUCAAGCAAAGUGUAUCUUAUUUUUUCACGCCGACGUUAUGUACUUCCGCGUGCUAUAAUUAGAUGUGAUCUCGAGCCUCUCGAUAAGAUUUCCAAUCGGAGUUACGUGCGUCAGUUGAAAACAUUCGCGAGGACUGAAUUAGAGAGAACGUUAGAUUCUGUGAUUCGUUAUUCAGAUUUCGUUGAAAUUAUUAGAUUAUUUGUUGAAUUAAUUAUAAUAACCUCACGGAGAUUUCGAAAGAAAAUACAAUGCGAUACUUGUGGAAUCAAGAUUUCUUUCAGUGAAUCUACUGUCUUUCAUAAGCUAUCAGUGUUUAAAAAAUGUAAAAUGAUUUUCUAGAAUGAGUUUUAUUCUAAUUCUAUUUUAAUUCAAUCACUGAAGAAAAGAAAUAUAUAAUAGUAAACUACUUUUCGCGUGACAAAAUUCACGCAUGCAAUUCCAAUUAAAAUAAUAGGAAUGAAUUAAAUCGAUGCGAAACUAAAAAGGCAAUUUAAUUGCGAGACGUAGAAUGGGUCGGAAUAGGAAGAAACCAUUUGCCAAUAAAUAUCUUUAUUGGAAUUGGUCUCCUUUUGGUCGCGCACCAAUUCCAAUUUUAAUGCAGCGUAUUUACAUGCCAUUGUACGAUAAUUGUAUAAUGACCGUACCUCCACAGCUAUGACUUAACUGUACUGUUACGACGAGCGCAACUCAAAGAUGUAUUUUUUUAUCGGUAUUCCGUGAAAGAUUAUUACUAUGAAUGGUGUUGGUUUCUUUUCUCCCAUUCCUGUACGUAAACGCGCAAAACUGGGUGAAAAUGAUUUCGCUAAGGAUAGAGAAAGACCACCGACAUAAUUUACACGUUGUAUCAUUGUAUUAUAUUAUUAUGUAUUAUAAUAAGUAACAUUUACCAAGCUAACCGCCAAGCGCGCGAGGUUUACUUUUCGCAGUACAAAUCGCAAAUCGUUUAGGAAAGAGAAGAUAUUUAUCAGUGCAGUAUUCCGCGGAUACGUGAAGCGUAUUUAUUUGUAGAUUCUUUAAUCAUGUGCGAUGCUAGUUGUAUGUACUCCUUUAAUUUAGUGACUACUCAGGGUUUUACGAUUAUAAUCCGCGAAUGGCCAAUUUGAAGUGUUGUAAAACAGAAUCCUAAUAUUUUAUCUAUUGUAUCGUGAUAUGAUAAUAAGCGAAUUUUGACGAGGGAACGACACGAACCGUAGGAAGGCACGCACGUUUACCUAUAGAUUAAUAUUAGAUUACUAGUAGAUAAUCUGAAGUAUCGUAGAAUCGGUAGCGAAUGCUUCUCUUUACGUCGAGCGCUCGAUUCUGUUUCUGUCACGCGACUAAGAAGCUCAAUUGUGUAAAAUGUGUUACGAGCAGCAAGGCGGCACAAAUAUUCCGUAGGGUGAUCUUUGCAAAUUGAGUCCCCACUGUUUCCCGUUUCUGUUGUUAACGUGUAAAAAUGUAUGUGUAACUUGUAAAAUAACAAAUGUAAUUAACGUCAAGAACGCGAUGUAAAUUUCUCUAGUAAGUAAGCAACUGCAUUGUAACUAUUCAUUCGGCGGAGAGCGGCGAGAAUUUAAAAAAAAAUUCUUUACUGCGCGUGUGAACGUAAAUCCAAAAUGUAACUAGCUUUUGUUUUGUACAUUUGGAGAUGGAGAGGCGUGAAUAUGUAUAGUUUGUAAACUUGAAACUUCCCGAGAACGCUUACGGGAAUAAGUGAGAGAAACGUUCUCCGUUUAAGAAAGAAAAUAGCGAGCAGGACUUUCCACGUAAUGAUUGUGAAGAUAUUUUAAAUACUUUUGUGAUGCAAGUAUCCAGAUGUUUUGCGUAAUGUGAUGUAAUGUGAUACCUUAAAGAGUAUCAGACAUAGAGAAUAUCAUUUUAAAGAGCGGUAUCUUAAUUCUGAGAUGGAUAAUACGAAAAUAAAUAGAUAACAAUACGGAUAAUAAAUAAUGAAAGUAGGCCUUCUUUUAAAUAAAAAAAUUGUUUUGAGGCGUUUCACCAAAUUGACCACUUUGUGAGAGAGACACAUUCUAUAUAUAUUUCUUAACACACAUUACGCAUACACGCUAAUGUAUAGUAGCGUAUUCUGUUGUUACAUCAUUGUUGCACAAUGUAAGUGUUAAGGUACAUUAAGUCUUCUCGGUACGUUACAGUGUAAUAACGAUUGUUCAUUUCUCUCGUAACAUGCCAUUAUUUAUAAUGAUUACACAAGUAUAA